GAAAGGAAUCCUGUAAAAUAUACAAUUUGUACUAAUUAUGGACUCCUGCUUAUUGUGCUUAGAAUUUAAUAAAGGAUUACAAAAUUCCAUAGAAACAAACUCCACACGAUGGCAAGAACUCAACAUUACAAAACUGCUAGAGAAACAUUUCUGGCCAUUGAACACCAUGCAACCCAGAUCUUGGAUGUGUUUGUCUUGCUGGCAAAAGCUAGACGAUUUUAACAAAUUCUACUUGGGUAUAGAAGAGGCUCAUUUUAAUUUAGGAAAAAUUAAAGUUGAAGAAAAUCUAUUGCUGUCCAAAGAGGAAAUAUCAAGUCAAGAAAGUGAAAACUUUGCAUAUUGUUGUCUCGAGCCGGAAAUACUUAUGGAUCAGAAUGAACUAGGGGACUUAAUAGUUGACAAAGAAUCCAGCCUAAAGCGGAAUAGGAAAAAACCAAGUUUAGAUGAAAAUAGUAUCUUGAAAAAGGAUCCUUUAGCAAAAGUCACAAAGCCCAGAAAUGUAAAAAAAUUAAAAACAAUGACUUCAACAGAAACUAAUUUACCGGAACAGAACGAAGAUGAACCAAACAUUAAAUCAGAACCAGAUGAUUUUUCAAAUAGCGAUUGCUCUGAUAGUAUGAAUGAUGAUGAUGAAGAUAGCGAUGAUGAAGUAUAUAAAAAUUCCUCCGAUAGAGUAAAAAAAAAUAUAUUUCAUAAAAAGGAAAAUGAUCAAUUUAUAGUUGAACAUUUUAAACAAAUGUCCUGUGAUCUAUGUGAGGUUCCAUUUGAAAACUUCUCCGCCAUGCGAAAACACUUUGCAACAAUGCACGAUCAAAAAGGCUAUCUUGUUUGUUGCAACAGAAAAUUCUAUCAACGCACUCGUUUAGUUGAGCACCUGCAACUCCACUUAAAUCCUGAUCAAUUUAAGUGUAAUGAAUGUGGAAAAGUUCUGUCUUGUCCAAGAAAUUAUAAAAAUCACAUGCUGCGUUUACAUCGGCCAAGCGACGUGAAUUUAAAACAUUUCUGUGAGAUCUGUGACAAGUCUUUUACCCAAGAAUCCUUAUUGCGCAAGCAUAAAUUAAAACAUUUGCCCGAAGAAGAGAAAAAGUUCCCCUGUGCAGAAUGUGGAAAAUUUUACGCCAGUUCCUACCUCUUAAAUCAUCACACAAAAGCAGUUCAUUUAAAAAAAUUCGUUAAAAUCUGUUUCAUUUGCGGUAAAGCUAUAAGUACAACGGCCGAGUACAAAAUACAUAUGGACAAACAUGAGGGCAUACCACAGCCGAUCAUAAGUUGUGAUGUAUGUGGUUUACGUUUGACCAGCGACAGGGGUCUAAAGCGGCACAAAGAAAACCAACAUCCGGUGGGUGGCAAACAAGAACAUCAUUGUCCUAUAUGUCCCAAAAUUUCACCCACUCUUAAGGCUCUGCGCAAACAUAUCAAUACAAUGCAUAAAAAGGGUAUCGAACACAAGUGCACCAUAUGUGGAAAGGCUUUUAAAAGGGCUGAAGUUCUGAGGGAGCAUAUGGCUUCACAUACCGGCACUCCUCUAUAUACAUGUCCCUGGUGCCCGAAGACGUUUAAUUCAAAUGGUAAUAUGCAUGCUCAUCGCAAAAAAGUACAUCCUAAAGAAUGGGAGGAAUCCAAACUUCAAAAAUAUUCGGGUACCUCUCAGCUGAAUUGAACGAUUAUUCUGGAAACGUUUAUUAA